AUGACAGAAAUUCAUCAACAAAACAAUAUAAAAUCAUCUUUAGUCAAAAAAUCUCAUCGUUGUGCCAAGGCUAAAUGUAAUCGUUCAUUGCCACGGAGUCAUCCGAUAUCAUAUAGUAAUGGUUUAUGUGAACGACAUUUUUUUUCAAUUGAUCUUUCAUCAAGUGAUGAUGAUGAUGAUGAUAAUGAUAAUGAUAAUGAUGAUACUAAUAGUAAUAAUCAUAAAUUAAUUGUUGAAUCAAAAUUAUUGUCGAAAGAAAAUCACAUAAAUUCAACGAAUAAUCAAUAUCAACCAUUACGAGGUGAUAUUCGAAAGACACGUGAAAUUUUUGAUGGUCAUCAAUGGUGUAUUGUUGAACAAGUGAUUGAUUAUGUAUCAUCAACAAUGAAUAAAGAUAACAUCAAUUUGAUGACAACAAAAACACAUCAUGAAGAGAAUUUAUUACAAAUUCUUCGUUUAUUAUCAAAUUAUCAAACUGUUAGAGAUGAAUUAAAAAAACAACAACAAAAUAAUUAG